AUGGCGAAUAAACUGGCCACGAGAAGAGAGUUAUUGGACCGUUGGAGAGGCAUUGAGGAAGAAGCAGACGAAGACGACGAUCGCAUUGACGCCUCUAAACGUCAUCGUCUCCACCAGAACAAAGAACAAUGGUUUGCAGAUGCAUUUAAAUUCUUGAUCUGUUUGCCAAAAGAAAAUCAUAUUUGGUGUGGGUCCUGGGAUAUAAUGGGGCCUCUUCUGGAGACUUUUUACAACUACUUCAAAGAUGAGCAUUCUGAUUCUCCUCUUAGACAACUAUGGAGGAGAAUCUCUGAGGAAAUGCGGCAGUGCAUCCAAUGCAUUUCCCAGCACUAUCAAGCCCUUGAGAUGUAUAGCACGGAGUACGAAUCGAGUUCUAUUGGUCCCCUUCUGGAUGUUUUGCGAAGUCUUGAUGAGGAAAGAGUGACACAGCACUUGAUAGAGAUAAAUACUAAAUUAGCCCGAAAAGAAUAUGAUGCUGCCUGUGAUAAUGCAGAAGUCAUUAGUGUCAUGUAUGAGGUCCUAAUGUUCCCUGUUCUAUUGGAUGAUGAGUCCUUAUUCACUGAAUUUGAAAAAUUCAUUGAAGCAGUUGAUAAUAUGCAUGAACUGGCUCUGGCUGGACAGCAACAGUUUCCGGGUGUUUAUGCAUUAUUUUUCUUCAAAAGAAGAGUGCGCUCUGUUGGUCAUCGUUUAGCUGGUUCUAUGGGAAAACUGAGGAGAGCAACAGACUUGGAACCCUUGCAGCCUUUGCUUAAGAAAUUCAUCGGCUUCUUGGAGACUGAAGUGUUACCAUCAACUUUGAAAACUUUAAGGCCAAGAGUGCAGCUGGAACGCAUGUCCAUAUGGCUUGGAAUAAAAUCACUGCUUGGGUUUUUGGAACCUCCAGCUUUUGAAGAAGGGAUAUUAGAGCGCUAUCCCAUUUUUCUUGAUAUUGUACUCAACCAUAUUAGUGGUGACUCAUUAGAAUUCUCUCAUGCAGUUGCUUGCUUGAGAAUACUCUUUGAAAUGCUUGGUUGUAAACUUUGGCUGAGAUCUACAUUGUCUCCAAGUGUGAUGCGCAAUACUCUACUGGGCCAGUGUUUUCAUACUCGAAACGAGAAGAGCCAUAAGGACAUUUUCGAUCUUUUUCAGCCUUUUCUGCAGUCUCUUGAAGCUUUGCAAGAUGGGGAACAUGAAAAGCAACGUAGGCAUUUUCUCUAUUUUCUCCUCAUUCAGGUUCCCGUGAGCAGUAACUUCAGUGGCUUAACGAGACAAAAGGCUUGUCAGAUAGCCCUUCUAAUUGUGCAUCGAGGUUACACAAUGAACCCGCCUUGUCCUCCAUCUGAAUGUGCACAUAUGUGGGGCCCUUCUCUUGUGUCAUCUCUGAAGGAUUCUUCGCUUCACAGUUCUCUAAGACAACCUGCCUUUGAUCUUAUACAAACUAUCAUGGUGUCUGAUGCUGCUGUGUUAAUAAGCUCAGUGUUGAAUACCCACCCAACCGUGGGUUCUGAAAGAAGCAUGUCUUAUGAGUUGAAUGAUGAAGAUGAUGAGGGGCUCCCAUUUUCUGUGGAUGCUGAAGAGAAGGAUAAUAGUUCAUGGAGUGAAUUUAGCAUUCAAAGUAAAAUUACAUCUCGGGAGUUUGGAGACUGGAUGUGCAUUCCAAUGUUAUGGAUUGAUGUCCUUGUUGACAUCAAUCCAUCAAUUCUUCCUAUAUCGUUUUCCAAGGCUGUUUUCUGGGCGCGAUCUCGUUUUCCUAUGGUAGAACCUGAGACUGGUGCAGAAAGUGCUCUUCCAGUCAGAACCUGGCUUUCAUCCUUAGCUACAGAAAUAUCUUCAACCUUUGGGUGGAAGGUCCCCACUGGUUCCGAUGAUGGUGGAGAUGGGAAGGAGUCAAAAAACUCAAUUAAAGUCUCAACAAUGUCUCUUCCUUUAAUACGAACAUUCAACAGGUUAACAUCACAUUUUCUGGUUCAUUUGGGGCAGGGGGAACUUCGUAAACAGUGGACAUGGGAGCCAAGGAUGGGUGAAAGCUUGUUCCUUUCACUUAUAGAUCCCAAUGAUAAUGUGAGGAAAUUUGGCAAGUGCAUCGUGGAACAGGUUUCCAAUACACAGGGUCUUGCUAGUAGUUUGAAAUUCCUAUGUUCUUACGGAUCUUCAUUGUCUGCUGUCCUUUUGGGCUUGAGACAUGCUGUGAAACUGGUCCAACUGGAUACUGUUAUAUUAAAGUUUCAGACCCUACAUCAUUUUUUCUUUGUUCUUCGGAGAUUACUUAUUGACGGGGAUUCACGUGCUGCGGACUUUCCAGAACCUGACCACUUAAAUACAACGAAGUUUUCUUCCCAAGGUGGAUUUCUUAGGCAGCCAGUCUUUGAUUCCUCACCUGUCAAUGUCAAUGGCCAUCCGUCAAAUGUUGACUCAAAUUUACUGGAAAGAUUUUAUUACUUGCUAUCAGAAACUGCAUGGCCUUCCAUCUGCAGGUGCUUAUUAGAAGGAAAAGCAUUUAUUGAUUACAGUGUUUGUCAGAUGACUUGUGUCCGAAUACUUGAGAUCCUCCCUUGUGUGUUUGAAAAUAUAUACUGUUUAUGUCAUAAACAGUCUGGAUUUUCUGGAACAAAGGAAAAUACACAUGACUUCUCAUGGCUUCAUGAUUUUAUGGAUUGGGGAAAGUCAUCACUUAAAACUGUGGGUCGUAUACUGGCAACGAACAAUCACUCCUUGCUGAAAUUGCUAAAAGGGUUUUGCAACAGUUCUAUCACAUCAACAAUCGGCACCAUUGAAAAUCUAAUUUCAUCCGAUUGCGUUUCCAUGGAUCAAUUGAUGGAACAAGUGGCACUCCUUUCAGUUUCUUUAUCCAAGGAAGCCUCUUCUAGUGUGGGAAAGACCGACCUCUGUUCAAAUGCUUUGUUUCCUGAAGGGUUAUCUUUUGAGAAGAAGUAUUCAGCUCCAGUUAUGCAGCCCUUGCCAAUCAAGGAACCAGAUGUUCAAAUCCUGCAGUCGCCAUUGGUCGAUAACAGAAAGUGUAGGGAUGGUAUGAUUGUCCUUUCUGAUGAUGAAACUGAAGCAGUUUCACCCAGUGAAGUAAUUUUGUCUGAUACUAAGAUGAGUCCGUGCAUGUUCCAAAAGUUGAAUCAAGCCUCCAACAAUGAGGUCUUGAAAGAAGACAACACUGUGUUGAAACAGAUAGUAUGCGAUGCCAAAGACAAUUCAUUAGAGCCUGCUCUCAAUUCGGUCAGACCUCAGCAGUCACUUCUGACAAAGACAAGCAUUCCUGGUCCUAAGCGACAACUUAUUCAGCUUAGAUCACCUUUUCAGAACAGACCUGGUCAUUUACAGAGGAUGGAAGUUCGAAAAAGGUUCAAGCCGCCAAGGCUUGAUGAAUGGUAUAGACCUAUCUUAGAGUUAGAUUACUUUGCUCUAGUGGGGGUUGCAUCUGGAAGUGCAAAUGAUAACCAUAAAGUUGCGAAAUUAAAGGAGGUUCCUGUGCAGUUCAAUUCACCUGAACAGUAUGUUGAAAUCUUUUGUCCAUUGGUUUUGGAGGAGUUUAAAGCACAGUUACAUAGUUCAUUUCUUGAAAUGUCUUCAUGGGAAGAGAUGUACUUUGGCAGUUUAUCAGUGCUUUCAGUUGAGAGAAUUGAUGAUUUUCAUCUUGUUCGCUUUUCUCAUGAUGUCAAUGAUUCUACAGCAUCAAGCAACUUCUCAGAAAACGAUCUUGUGGAGAGGCGCGAGAGAGACAAUAAGCGAAGGUUAAGUUUACUACUCAUCAGGUUUUAUCUUCUGAAUGGUACUUCACGUUUGCAUCAAGCCAGAAGGAACCUCCUUGAACGUAGUAAAUGGCAUGCAAGUCGUAUUAUGAACAUUACACCUCAACUUCGUGAAUUUCAGGCAUUAUCAUCAAUAAAGGAUAUCCCCUUACUUCCAAUUAUUUUGAAGCCAGUCAAUGAUUCUUAUGAUUCUAGUGAAAGCAAGGAAGUAGAUCUGAGUAAACUGUCCCGACCGUUGCAGCAAGUACUGAAGUCAUCCUUUAAUGAGAGUCAACUUCAGGCUAUUAGUAUUGCCACUGGAACAUCUAGGCGGACGAAAGAUUUUGAAUUAUCUCUUAUCCAGGGUCCUCCAGGUACUGGUAAGACAAGAACUAUUGUGGCCAUUGUCAGUGCUUUGCUUGCUUCCCCUUCACAUAAGACAGGUCCUGAAAGAAAUACUCUGGCUGGGAGUUCGAAACAAAUUUCAGGUCCCAAGAUUAACCAGGCUGCUGCCAUUGCAAGGGCGUGGCAGGAUGCAGCCUUGGCUAGACAACUGAAUGAUGAUGUACAAAGGAAUACCAAAGCUGUAGAAAGUUACUUGAGAGGAAGGGUGCUCAUCUGUGCUCAAUCUAAUGCUGCUGUUGAUGAGUUAGUGUCAAGGAUUUCUAGCCAAGGGCUGUAUGGCAGUGAUGGAAAGAUGUAUAAGCCAUAUCUUGUGAGGGUUGGAAAUGCAAAAACGGUUCAUCCAAAUUCGCUGCCAUUCUUUAUUGAUACACUUGUCGAUCAACGGUUGGCAGAUGAGAGGAUGAAAUUGAUUGAUGCUAAGAAUGAUUUGAGUGUGGAUUCUUCAAUUGCACUGCGCUCUAAUCUAGAAAAGUUAGUCGAUCGUAUUAGAUUCUUUGAAGCCAAGCGUGCUAACUUAAAUGAUCAAAAUCCUGACCUUAAAAAGUCUUCUGAGGAUGAUAGUUAUAAGGGGGAUGAUGGGAAGGAAAUGUCUGAUGCAGAGAUAGCUUUCAAGUUAAGAAAACUUUAUGAGCAAAAGAAGCAAAUAUAUAAGGAUCUUAGUACUGUUCAGCAGCAGGAGAAGAAAACUAACGAAGAAAUCAGAGGACUUAAAUUUAAACUGCGGAAGUCUAUACUGAGAGAAGCUGAAAUUGUGGUAACUACAUUAAGUGGCUGUGGGGGAGACCUUUACGGAGUGUGUUCUGAAUCUAUGUCAAGUCAUAAGUUUGGCAGUCCAUCUGAACAUACUCUUUUUGAUGCUGUUGUUAUUGAUGAAGCUGCUCAAGCUCUGGAACCUGCUACUCUUAUUCCUCUUCAGCUUUUAAAGUCAAAUGGAACCAAAUGUAUCAUGGUUGGCGAUCCAAAGCAACUUCCUGCAACAGUUCUCUCAAAUGUUGCCAGUAAAUUUCUAUAUGAGUGCAGCAUGUUCGAACGUUUACAAAGAGCAGGGCACCCAGUUAUUAUGCUGACCAAACAGUAUAGGAUGCACCCAGAAAUAUGUCUGUUUCCUUCUUUGCAUUUUUAUGAGAAGAAGUUGCUGAAUGGCGAUCACAUGUCUAGCAAAUCAGCACCAUUUCACGAGACUGAAGGUCUUGGACCUUAUCUAUUUUAUGAUGUUAUUGACGGCCGGGAGCUUCGGGGUAAGAAUGCUAGUGCCUUGUCCCUGUAUAAUGAGCACGAAGCUGAUGCUGCAGUUGAAUUACUUAGGUUUUUCAAAAAGAGGUACCCUUCUGAAUUUGUUGGUGGAAGAAUUGGCAUCAUAACUCCAUAUAAGUGUCAGCUCUCGCUGUUGCGCUCUCGUUUUUCUAGUGCAUUUGGAUCUUCUACCUUAGAUGAAAUGGAACUUAAUACUAUUGAUGGCUUCCAAGGCCGGGAGGUUGAUAUAUUGAUACUUUCCACUGUUAGAGCAGCAGAGGCACCUGGAAGGAACUCCAGCAGUAUUGGGUUUGUUGCUGAUGUGAGACGGAUGAAUGUUGCUUUGACAAGAGCCAAAUUCUCACUUUGGAUUUUGGGUAACGCAAGGACUUUGCAGACAAACGAAAACUGGACUGCUCUUGUAAAAGAUGCUCAAAAAAGAAAUUUGGUUAUAACAGCUGAAAAGCCGUACAAGGACAUGUUCAAAACAGCUUCCGAGAAAAAAUUUGGUACUGAUUCAUUAGAGCCACAACGUGUUCAAAAGAUUAAAGAUACAAGUCAUCAGCAUGCAAGAAAAAGUGAACGCAGUGCAAAGGAAACACUUGAAAGAAAAACAAAACACAUUGAUCAUGUUGCGCAGAGUAAAAGAAGGCCUAAUGGAGGUGAAACAGAUUUUUCAGCAACUAAAGAAAAAACUAGAAUAAAAAAAGUAAGUGCUAGAGACGAACCUGAUUUACCAGUGAAGGAUGGCCUUUCUACUGAUGCCAUUCCAGAUGGCCACAAUAAAAUUUCCAAGGAGGUGAAGUCAGCAAUGUCGAGGGAUCAUGCUACAGAUGAAGAUAAAGAAAGCAGAAAAAAGAGAAAAGUUAAAUUUGAAACUUCGAAAAGGGAUGCAGAUAACUCUGAACAAAGAACAGAUGAUGGUAGAUCUAUGAAAUCACAAGAAUCAAAAAGGGCUAAGAGAGCUUCUGAGGGUGACAGAAGCCAGACAAAUCAAGUUUCAGCUCCUGCAAAUCAAACUAAGGAUGCAAGUGAUGGAGUUAGAGCUUCAAAUCAAGCUGGAACUUCUCAAGAUUUAAUUGCAAAAAGGAAAAAACAGCGCGAAGCUGUUGAUGCUAUUCUUUACUCAGCUCUUAUUCCUUCAAAGAAGUCUGAAACAUCAAUGAAACCUGUGCCUUCUAAAAGACCUCCAUCCUCUUCCUCAACUGCAAGUGGUGGUAUAAGACCACCCAAGACAAGGAAAGAUUAG